GGUUCCCGUCGCAGUCCCGCCAUCCUUCCCAUCAGCACAUCCACAUCCAGGCUGGCAUAGCCAACGGCCAUGACCAAUUUCUGGCUUCCCAGGGGCCUCGGCCGGCCACUCCGAUGGCAGCAUCGUCUCUACAGACUCAAAAUCCAUACUAGGAGGACAUUUGCAACAGUUGGCUCCGACUCAAGGCCAUUCGAUGUCGUUGUUAUUGGCGGUGGCCACGCCGGCUCGGAAGCUUGCGCGGCAGCGGCUCGCGCGGGCGCUCGGACAGCGCUGAUCACGCCCGACAUCGACAACCUCGGCGUCUGCUCGUGCAACCCUAGUUUCGGCGGCAUCGGCAAGGGCACCAUCCUGCGCGAGGUCGAUGCGCUGGACGGGCUGGCGGGGCGUGUCAUCGACAAGGCGGGAGUGCAGUUCAGGGUGUUGAACCGCCGCAAGGGGCCGGCCGUGUGGGGCCCGCGCGCCCAGAUCGAUCGCGCCCUGUACAAGAAGCACAUGCGCGAGGAGCUCGAGUCGUAUCCGAACCUGUCGAUCGUGCUCGGCAGGGUAUCCGACAUCGUCAUCGCGGACAACCACGACGACCCGGCUGCCGAUGGCGCUAAGAGCAAGAUCACGGGGGUGCGCCUGGAGUCGGGCGAGGUGCUGCCCACGAGCCAGGUGGUCAUCACGACGGGCACCUUCCUAGGCGGCGAGAUCCACAUCGGCCUCGAGGCCUUCCCCUCGGGACGGAUGGGCGAGCAGGCCACCUUCGGGCUGAGCAAAUCACUGCGCGAAGCAGGCUUUCAGCUCGGCCGGCUCAAGACGGGCACCCCGCCACGGCUCGCCAAGAACAGCAUCAAAUGGGACAUCCUCGAGGAGCAGCGCGGCGACGAACCGCCGAUGCCCUUCAGCUAUCUCAACGACGCCGUAACAGUGCGGGACCAGCUGCUGUGCUACGCGACCUACACCAACCACGCCACGCACGACAUCGUCCGCGCCAACCUGGACAAGACCAUCCACAUCCGCGAGACGGUCAAGGGCCCGCGCUACUGCCCCUCGCUCGAGUCCAAGAUCAUCCGCUUCGGCGACCGCGAGCGCCACAUCGUCUGGCUCGAGCCCGAAGGCUUCGACAACGACGUGAUCUACCCCAACGGGCUCAGCAUGACCGUGCCCGCCGCCGCCCAGGAACAGCUCCUCCGCACGAUUCGCGGCCUCGAAGACGUGGUGAUGCUGCAGCCCGGCUACGGCGUCGAGUACGACUACGUCGACCCGCGCAGCCUCAAGCGCACGCUCGAGACCAAGGCCAUCCGCGGCCUCUUCCUCGCCGGCCAGAUCAACGGCACGACGGGCUACGAAGAAGCCGCCGGGCAGGGCAUCAUCGCGGGCAUCAACGCCGGCCGCGCCGCCCUCUCGCAGCCCCCGAUUACCCUCUCCCGCGCCGACGCUUACAUCGGCAUCAUGAUCGACGACCUGGUCACCAAGGGCGUGUCGGAGCCGUAUCGCAUGUUCACCUCGCGCUCCGAGUUCCGGCUGACCGCCCGCCCCGACAACGCCGACGUCCGGCUGACCGCCCGCGGGCGCGAGUGGGGCGUCGUGUCGGAUGCGCGCUGGGCCCGCUUCCGCGACGACGCCCAGCGCGUGGCCGACCUGAAGCGCGUCCUGCGCGACACGCUGCUCACCCCGGAGGCGUGGCAGCGCGCGGGGGUGCCCAUCGUCUCCAAGGACGAGGCCCGCCGCCGCGACGGCCACGAGGUCCUCCGCAUGCCCGGGGUCACACCCACGCAUUUACUGACCGCGUCCCUCCCGGGCGUCCGCGACCCGGAGCGGUUCCCGCCGCGCAUCCGCGAGCGCGUCUACGUCGAGGUCAUCUACGAGCCCUACGCGCGCCUGCAGGCGGCCGAAGCCGCCAAGCUCCGGCGGGACGAGGACAUGCGCCUGCCCGUGGACCUGGACUACGACGCCGUGCACGGCCUGAGCAUCGUGGAGAAGACGGUGCUGAAGGAGACGCGGCCCGAGAGCAUUGCGCAGGCGCGGCGGAUCGAGGGGGUCACGCCCGCCGGGCUGGUCAAGCUACUGGGGUAUGUGAGGCGGCUGGAUAGGAGUGGUAGUGGUACUAGUAGUAGUACUGCCAAGAGGUGGGGAGCCGACGAGAAGGACAAGGAUGUUAUUGUGGAGGGCUUGGACAUGUCCGGCGUGGACGGGGACCUCGAGACGCUGGAUGCGAAGAGUCGGCUUGCUGACUUAUGACGAUGACCGGAGUUUGCUUCAUGCUUGAAGGGGUAUAAGAGUCAGUGUAUGUGUGUGUAUAUAUAUGUAGUAUGAUUGCUUUUUUUGAAUGCUUUCUAGACGGGCCCGGAGCAAAGGAUCGUUACAAGGCUGGGUAAAAAAGGGGUCGACGGUCGGCGCUCUAAAGGAGUAAACUAAAUUACUUUGAUAACUACUUUAUUGGUACACGUACACAUAUGUUAGAAGU